AUGGACGUGAACCACGCGGUCCUCGCCGUCGGCUACGGCACGGACCCCGUCUCGAACAUGACCUACUGGACCAUCAAGAACUCCUGGGACUACUCGUGGGGAGACGAAGGGUUUUUCAAGAUGGAGUCGUUCGUCAACAUGUGCGGCGUCGCGAACUGCAACGCGUACCCGGACCUCUACGGCGCGUGA